CCUGGUGGCGCAAAAGAAGGAUUCGUAUAUUUAUAUACAGUGCAUAAAUAUGACAAGCCAAUGGCUGAGGAUGCAGUUAUGUCAACUAAUAUAUCUUUUCCAAAGGUCGCCCGAUGUUUGUCUUUCUGGUAUCAUAUGUACAGUUAUCCUUCAUAUGAGAUGGGGACACUACAGAUUACAAUGACUGACAGUACUGGUAUUGUAACGUUAUUGUUUAGCCGGUCGCGUAGUCAGAGCAAACUAUGGUUACAAGAAAAAAUAGACAUACCAGCUGUUGACAAUUUGAAGAUUACAAUUAAAGGAACCACUGGGCCUGGUUGGAUGAAAGAAAUGGCUCUAGAUGGUAUAUUCUUGGUUCCUGGUACCUGUGUUAUUGAAUGUGGAUUUGAACAAGGACAAACAUGUGCAUUCGAAAACACUAAUGGCGACGACUUCGACUGGACUUUAUUUAAAUCAGGAUCAACACCUACCCCAAACACUGGUCCUUCGGCUGCAUACAGUGGUAACCAAUAUGCCUAUAUUGAGGUAAAUGGUAAAGGACAGGACUCUUACGCAUUUUUGAGCUCAAAGAAUACUAAACUGUUCUCCUCUUCGUAUUGCCUCAGAUUUUGUUAUCACAUGUAUGGUCAACAUAUCGGGUAUCUAGCAGUGUACACACAAUAUCAAGGCGCGGGCUGGUGGUCCAAGCCUUGGACUAGGUCCGGAAAUCAAGGAAAUCAAUGGAUGCAAGCUAGUGUGGAUAUUACUGGUAAUACAGGAAAGGGCAUUGUUAUUGAUAUCGAGGCUUCGAAAGGAAAAGGUGGUGAUAACGGUGAUAUUGCAAUUGAUGAUAUAUCAUUGUGUACCGGUUCUUGUAAUUAGCUUGUAACACUUAUCCAUAUUGUGUGAACUGACGUUAUCCCUUUUUUAUCUGUUCUAGAAAUGUACCUGAUAGUCCAGUUUAUAUUGCCCGAAAUUCUUCUUUUAAUUAUUUUUUUUAUAUCGGAUUAUGUAUACUAAAAACCAUUAGGCACAACAAACAGCGUUUUUAGUAUUUGAUGACAUUUUUCUUCGUGCAUCUAUUUUUUUUAGA